AUGGCCGGAAGAAAGCACUUUUUUAACUUUCUCGCCCUUGUCAUUUUAGCAUAUAUAGUAAUCAGCGCUGAAGCCCAGUGCACAGCUGAUGGCACCAAGUGUCAAUUCAGCUGUGGCAAGGACAGGCUCCUGCCAUCAUGCGCCGUUGGCUUUGCAGCUGGAGUCACCGGUGGAGCAGCAGGGCCGACAUAUUUUGUCACCGACUCCUCUGAUGACGCCGACUACAACAACCCUAAGCCCGGGACAAUACGCCACGCCCUACGCCAAGCCAGCCAAAGUCCAUGGGGCCUAUGGAUCAAAUUCAGCUAUAGCAUGGAGAUAGCCCUGACUCAAAAUCUCUUCAUGGCCAGUAACACCACUAUCGAUGGCCGAGAUGCCUACGUGACAAUAACCGGAUGGACACUGGUUGUCGAAGGGGUGAAGAAUGUGAUAUUGCAUAACUUUGCAGUGGCAAAUGUGCCUGAGAGUGAUACAGUGCACAUACUAAGUGGGUCUAGCCUGAUCUGGGUCGACCACAUUUCGUCGUGGAAUUCUGAACUAGGAUUGGUAUCAGUGGUCCAAGGGUCCACCGACGUGACGAUAUCAAAUUGCCAUUUAAGUAACCAUAACUUUAAUAUGUUAUUGGGUGCCUCUGAUGGAGACAAGAUUGAUGAGAACAUGAGGGUCACGGUGUACCGCAAUUUCUUUGACUAUUCCAACCAAAGGAUGCCUCAUUGCAGGUAUAAAUACACAAAGCUCUCCCCCCACUCUCAAUCAUAG